UCGUUGAAGUCGUUUACGGCCAGAAUUGGUCCCAUUCUUCGGCGCGACAAUGACUUCUUGACGUACUCUACGAACGCAUAUCAACUCAUUUUCUACGAAAUGCCCACUUCUGUCAAGUUUGUACUACUCGUGAGUCCCGACGCCACCAAAAACAACGAGUACUACAAACAACUGUUGCGAGACAUGUAUCGUAUCGUUUAUGUCGAGUAUUACGUCAAGAAUGUCAUCAAAACUGAUUCAGUCAUCGAUUCGCAACUGUUUCGCGACAAACUCAUUGAGUUCUUCAGCAAAGUGUAG